UUAUGGCCGAAGAGGUGAAACCAACACCUGUAAUUACACGGGAAAUGGUUUUUAUAUUACCAAGCGUAAAAGCUGAUCGAAUAACGAUGCCAGAUGUCCAAGAAUGUCUCUUGGAGGAUAGUCCAAAAUUUAGAAAAGCGCCGCCUAAGGCUACUGAAGGAGCAGGGCCAGAUGCAUCCGAGGCCGAGGCACCAACAUCCGAGGGAGCACCACCCGAGGGAGAGGCCUCAGCGACAAAAGACAGUUCAGAGAAGUCCCAAACAGAAUCUGGGACAGAACCGGGAUCCGGAGGAGAUGCUGAUUCCUUGCAGAUGACUUGCGAAGUAAAGUACGUGUGGAAUGCUCCCUGCAUGAUGGUUAUUUUCGAUGAAGGAGAUCUGAACAGCGCCCUCUACUAUCUGAUGGAAUCUUUGCAAGACCCGUUCGCCCUGGACGCAGUGGCGGUUCUAUUGGUUCAAGAGAGUCUCCUGGAGGAGCUCACUGGGCGUGUGGUUUCAUUGAUGCGACCACUGGACUUCCGAGUAGCCAACCAUCCCUGCUACAAGCGCACCCUGCUCAAGAUCGCCGAGCUGAAACCAAAAGUAAUCGUGGGAUCUCCGGCAUUUGUUCUUCCCGAUGCCACGCCCAUGCUGGUCAGGGAUAUUCCCCACAAGUACCUGGGGGAGGGACCCACCGGCAUUAUAACCAUGCACGUCUUCCGGACGCCCUUGGAGGCCACGAAAGUGUAUCGCAAGGAGAGCCCUUCGCUGCCCAUCGCUUCUGUGAGCAUUUGGAACGAACGGGUCUCGUGCGUGUACGAUGUCCUGGCCCUGAUGAACGUCGACACCUUCAAGAUCAACUGCUUCAACGUUAGUAUGGAGCCAGUGAAGAAGAACUUUGAGAUGCGACGAUAUACUGCCCAGAUGCAUCAUGGUUACCACUACGAGACUUGCCUGGUGAAUGGCCAGCGAAAAAUUAUCAUCUUUCCAUGCGGCACUAUUUAUGCAAAUUGAUUGUAGAGAUCCAUAAUAAAGAACCACUUGAUCUAU